GGUGUCAAGAACCCCCAAGCAGUAUUUGUUAUCCUUGCAAACAAGAGGACCAGGAAAAGUACUCCGAGAUGGAAGAACUGAGGAACGACGUAUGCCUGCAUCAACUUGUUGAAGAUGAAGACGAAAACUGCCAAGAAGACAAGGUCAAGACACAAACUUUAUUUGAUCUUAAUGCUUCUGGUCAUAAUUCUGGUCUUGAGAACAGCCCUGAACUCAAUCUCAUCACUUGCUUGGAUCAGACUUCAUCAAAAACAUCAUCAGAAAGUUGUGCUGAUGGUGCCGGUGCCGGUGCCGGUGCCGGUUCAGAAGCAGAACCACGAUUUUUCUCAUGUAAUUACUGCCAGAGAAAGUUCUACAGUUCACAAGCGCUUGGGGGACAUCAAAAUGCGCACAAAAGGGAGAGAUCAAUCGCGAAAAGAGGACAGAGACUCGGAACGCAAAUACUGGCUUCAGCAGCAGCUUAUGGGCAUCCCUUUCUGCAUAAUUAUGGGUAUGCGAGCAUGGCGUCUCUGCCUCUAUAUGGUGCUGCCUGCAAUAAUAGGCCUCUGGGGAUUCAGGCUCACUCCUUGAUCCACAAGCCAUCUAAUAAUGUUCAUAGGGCUUGGUCACAACAGCCUGGGAUAGGGAAACUAGAGAUGGUGAAUUUUCAUAAAACGACGUCGGGAUUAGCUUCGAGAGGCAGUGUGGGGAGGUUUGAAAUGAUGAAGACCAAGAUGGGUUCUGCAGAAAAUGAAGAGAUCAGUGGGUAUUUGGUGAGUGGGACUCAUUGUUUGAAGACAAAUCCGGAAGAAAUGAAGCACCUUGAUUUGUCUCUCAAGCUUUAGGCGCAUAGAGUCGUUGAUUAGUUUCGGAAUCCUGGAUGGCCUGUAUGAUCAAUAGGGUAAAUCAUUUUGUCAAAUUUCUUUUCCCAGCGCCCGGAAUAAUUAUAUAUUGUAAAUUUUUUUCUCGGUAGGAUCAAAGUUCUGUUUCUGUUAAUCAACCUGAUUUGUGGCAUAUUCAUCUCCUCUAGAUCUCUGUAAGGAGCAUUAUUGCUUUGUUUAUAUUUCAAGUUUUUCGCGGAGUUUUCUUUUGUGUCUUC